UUUCUUUCUUUCUUCUUGAUUGUAACAAAGAGAAAUGCCUUCUGAUAAUACCAAACUUAAGUCUACUUUUUUGUCUUGGUUGUUUCAUUCAGGCAAAGAAGAAUCAAAAGAAAGCACCAAGACAGAGAUCCAAUGUACCGCAGAACCCUCUGUUACGUCCAUACAAGUAGAAAUACCUAAUCGUCGACAAAGUCAUUUAUAUACACCUUUUCAUGACAGCGAUGAAGCCUAUGUAAAUAAACGAAGAUCAUUUUAUUCAACACAACUCUCGACUAUUCCAGAUAAUGCCACACUGUCGACUUCUUCUUUAACUCGAUCAGCCACUUGGCAGCCAUCCAGUCAUCAAACUCAGGAACAAGUAGAUAAAAUACCCGCCCGAAGAACAAGUAAAAACUACAGUGAGGAUCCUGAAGUUCAAGCCAAGUUAAAUGCUGUAUUAAACAGUGAAAAGACUUAUUAUUUGAGUUAUAUGAUACAUCAACAAGAUAAAAAGGCACUCUAUCGUCGUUCUACACCACAAAACUUGUGAUUUGUAAACUGUUGUAGUUACACAACACCGUAUUUUUAUAGUAAACAUCAUAUACCUCCCUUUAAUCCUCUUGAAAGAACUUUAACAUCGAUUGUUGGGUAAAUCAAAAAUUCUGUAAGAAGGAGAGAAUGCAGUGCAACAAAGACUGUAGAUCACAUAAAUCUCCUUGAAAAAAAAUAGACGGGUACUCUGUGCAUUUUGAUCUACGUUUU